CACCAGGCGAUGGCAUCACUCGUUUUCGCUGCAACAGGCUUCGUGCAUUGUCGUCCGAUUACGUGGAUGCCCCGCAGUUGGAUCCUGAUGGGAGCGACGUCGAGGCGGAAGGCUUCUGCUCGCCGCGCUCUCAGCGUGCAGCACCAGUUGUGGGCAAUGCGUUCGCUGUUCAGCGACUGGAAGAGGAGCAGCCAAAGCAGACUAGUAGUAGAAGUAGUUUCCAAGAUGUCAGUAAUCUUGAGGUGGAUCAUCUGGAAGUGGAACAACUGCUGCAAGAUCGUCUGCGAGAAUCCUCCGCGUCGCGAGAUAUUCUAGCUGCGCACAGUCAUGAGACAGGGCACCUAGAUGACGAUGAGGCAAGCUGGUUCACAUCUUGUGUUCGCUCCCUUCCCUUCCCUUCCCUUCUCGUUUCUUCUUCGUAUUUGCACCAUUUCGCGUGCAGUUGCAGAGUUCGCGCACAAGUGGCUACUCGAGCGUCGGACUUUCCUGAUUGCGGCGUUGUUAUUUGGCGCAUUUUUGCUUCGCGGGUUGACAAGAAACGCGUUUCCAUCGUCCGUUGUGAGCAAAACAAGACGUGGAGGCGCUCGUCUUUCCCCGUCGUCAUGGGCACAGAUAGCUCGCAGUGACACCUACUACUUGUUCCAUGCGAUUACACGAGAAUCAGAAUCCGAGAGUACUAAGAGUGAGCAAGACCAUAAGGAAGAGUGGCAAAACUUCGUAUCCAGGGUUUUGAGAUCCUCCUCCAAGAAUCGAAUACUCCGCAAUCUUUCUCUUACCGUACUGCCCCUACACGUAUCCGGCGAGGACGGCCAGGUUAAUAAUCCACGGGCACGGGCGCGCAUCUUGUUCCAAUCAGGUCUGCUCUUUCAUGCUGAUUCAUGCAGGGUUUAUUUCGGAGGCAGCGACGACGACGUCUUACAGACUAGUCUUGUGGUGCGCACAAGGAGACAUAGCGGAUGGUUUGCUUUAAGGCGGGCUAGCAGUUGACAUACCUCCACCUAGAAUUUUUAGGCAUUCCGCGAAGAGUACACGAAUUCCUAAUAAUUCUUAUGCAAGAGAUAGAGACGUAUGUUACUUGGAAGCCUCUACUUAGUGAAGCAAACAGGCGCGAGAGCGGGGAAUAUUCAAGACGAUACGAUGAUCCAGAUUCGUGGUUUGUUGCGGCAAUGGCCUGGUACCUACAUUGGCAGGGAGACCCCGACGUAUCGGAAGAACAAGCAGCUUACUUCGGUGACAAAUUUACUCAGGGUGCCUUUGAUCAUCUUGCAGGGUUGCUGGACAACACGGCUGUGUUCGGAGAGGGAUCGCGUGAGUCGGGGUUGUACCGGAAAUUUAAAGAAUGGUUGGAGGGGAUGGGGAUGAUUAGAUCACUUACAACAACCUCCAAAGCAAAGGCAGAGGAGGACGCGGGUAGCGGGAACAGAGGUGGGGGCCAGCACGACCCUCAGAAGAACAAUUUUGCGCGCAAUGCAUAUCUAUUAAGAGUGGCGGACUCACCCACGGAGAUGGACGAGGACUUCUAUGACCACUUGCUGUCCAACGCUAAACAGAGAUAAGGCUCGAGGUCACAUCUCGCUGUAGUAGAAAUGCAUAAUGGUCGUGAUGGUCCACAGUAACAGUAUUUCAUUCAUAUUUUUGGUAUAGAGAGCGAAGAACCUUGUUGAAUUUCCAGGAAAUACUUGAAAUUGGAGCGCUUUUGUAAAUCUUUUGACUUUUUCGAAUCAAUCUCCGACGUCUCUCCUGUGUGAAUUUGAAUCACUCCAGAAUAUUCUAAUUCUGAGAAUAGCGAUACCAAUUUGCUUAAAGGAUAUUUUUGCUUCGUUCUUCAACACGUUGCGAUCAUUGGCGCGGACGAAAUAGUUGAGUACGUAAUAUAUGAAUACAGCGGGUUCAUCGUCCACCUGUAAAAAUCCCUCUAAAGAUGAGAAACGAUCUCGGAGGUGGUUGCGGACUGUCCGUUUGAUGCCAUCGCAGGGGCUGUUGUACCUGCUCGCUUUGGCGCGGAUUCCCUAUUGCGGAACAACAAGAUGUCAGCCAGAGGUCAGCUGUCGUCUGGAGAUGGGGUGGUGGCUGCACAAGCUGCAGUGGCUACUUCUUCAGAGUCUGGCUCUGUGCUGGAUCAACUUGUGUCAAUGAACGCCGCCGCGAGCGUGCGUGACUUUCCGAUUUACACAAUACCGACAACAACUUGGAAAUGGAGAUCCGCCAUCCUCGUGAACGGAAAUGAAGAACACAUGAAAAAGCUGGAGCAUCCGCAAGCUAGCGCUCCCGCUCCCGCUCCCAUCGAGAAGGAAUCUGCAGGUGGCGGUGCUCGUGAUCAUGCUGACCCUGACGCGCUAGAGACUUCAGAGCUACUGGAGACUUCGCCCAGCGCUGAUGCAGUUAGUGUUGACGAGGACUUUAGCGAUACUACUACAAUUUCAACUACUGUAGAGGAGUUGGUAGAACGCGUGGUGGAUAGAGCAGCAUUGAGUGUAUGGAGCAGACACAGCAUCGCCACGCAUGGAGUGCAUGGGUCACGAACAAGCGCCCGGCCCACUCGGGGGUGGGUGGGUCGGGGGCUGUAGAAGUCGGGGUCGGUUGGUCGGCUAGACUGCCGCCGCGGGAGCGCUGCCUUGUGCGUAAUGCGGACGCGUGACGUACAAACUGGCGGCGCUGCAGCAAGCUGAUUUCUUGCGCGCGGCAAGGGUCUCGGCCCGCGCGUGAGUGUGCUCGGAGAUGUAGCAGCUGGCUCGGGGGCAGGCGGUCUGGGUGCUUGAAGUUCCCGCCGGGGGUGCGGAGCUGUAGGCGUGUGGGCUCUGACGAGGGACCGCCCGAAGGGCGCACCGAGAAAAUUUUCACGCAUGGAACACAUGGAGCACCUGCUCCAUGCAGCUCCAUGCGAUCCAUGCACUCCAUGCCGUGCGAGCUGCCAUCAAAACUUAUAAACUAUUCUGCUACAACUGAAACCACUGUGCCCGCAACCCAAGACACCACUACUGGAAUAACUGGCCCAACCAUCUCUGCGGGUACGUCUCCUGCAUCUGCUGUCGCUGCCAGUACCUCGGGAAAACAAGCGGUCCCUGCUGCUGCAGGCUCUCCUGCUGUCGGAAAGGCAACUCCUGGCACCUCGGCCGUCGCGGCCAAUGCUGCUGGUCCUGGUAAUACCGAACAAUAACAAACUGUAAAGAAAGGUAGAAGAUUUGGAUUCCCCUCCUUUUCAUGGAUACAACGAGGAAAGCGACCAGAACAAAAGCAAUCUACAAUCUUGCAGCCGAUAUGUGGCUCCGAUGGCUCAUCCCGAUUCGUAACUAGUUAGAGUCAAGUAGCUCGUGUAUGGUGUUGGUGUGGGCCUGACCAAUGACCACGCCCAUUCACGAUUUCUAACCUCGAUGCGGAGGGCGAGGGACCAUUUUUGGGAUCAUUUCGUUAAAUUUUAAUUGCGUUUGCGGCGAUGGGGGAUGUUAAACAGUCAUGGAUGAGGAGUGCACGACAAGGGAGGGUCAGUCGGUCCACAAGAACAGUGUCUUCUUAUAACAUGUGGAUGAAAUGGAAUUUUGUACUGGAUUUUGCUAGGCUCCUGUGCUCAUCAGACAAAAGACCGAGAAAUUACUCAGCCUCACGAACAAAAUGGAGAAGCAGAUAAGUAGCACGACAGACACAGAGCCCAGAAGGCCUUAUAGAUACGUUCUUCCAACAAUGUCAGUAUCCUCGUAGAGCCAUUAAAGUCCUUCUUCUCAUUAGUACCGCGGACAACGACAAGGACAAUAACAAUAACAAUUUCCGAUUAAAUAUG